AUGGAUGGAGCUCCCUUGCGCCAGAGUAGCGCCAAAUCUUCGACAGACGGCAGCAGGUCUUUCGAGGAAAGCUGCUGUCGCUUCGUGGCAUCCAUGGCCGCUGCAAGUCCGGAGGUCGUGCGCGGGAUUCCGCUCUUCCGGCUGGUUCGGCUUGCGCCGCUCUACUGGCUGAGAGGGGAGCUGCAGAGACUGCACCAUCGCAGUGAGGUGGUGACCGAGUUUGACGAGUUUUGGUCUCACUCCUGGCAGGCCUCAGCUGGCUCGAAAUGCAUCAACAUCCUGAUGCGGACAAAUGGCGUGCCUGCGUUCCUGCUGAGUAUGGUCAGUGUGAUGGUUGCGACAUUGCUGGCUCGCCUUGAGAUUUUGCACCCCAGGGACCGGUUCGGAGCUGCCUGGUGCGUGCUUCUGGGAAGCCUGGUUUACUACAGCACCUUGCUGCUCUGGAGGCAACGUCGCGUGGUGUUUCUGGACUUGGCAUGCAUAAACCAAACCGACCGGGAGCUCAAGGCCCAGGGCAUAGGGAGCCUGGGAGCAAUUCUGAAGGCGUCGAAGUCCAUGUCGGUGAUGUGGGAUGCAACGUACGCCACGCGACUCUGGUGCAUGUUCGAGCUUGCGGCUUUUCUACAUAGCCGACCAGCCGAAAGCAAAGCAGAGAUCAUGGUGUGCCCGCCAUUGUUGGGUCCCAUCCGGCUGGGAAUUCAUUUCGGCAUGCUUCUACUCAUGCUUGUGUACUGGCCAGCCGUGUUCUUCGGCGGGCUGAAGGUCCUGGGCGGUGCUGCCUUCGUUUGUCUUUGCUGGGCGGGACAUACCGUGCGAGCAUAUUGGCGCGACGUUGACAUGAUGGAAAAGCAAGCCGGUCAGUUCUCCAUCGCUCGCAGCCUCUGUUCUUGCUGCGACGCGGGCACGGAGUGCAACAAUCUCACAUGUGACCGCAGGAUUAUUGCUGCGUGUAUCCGAGCCUGGUUUGGUUCCAUAGCCAUCUUCGAGGAGCGGGUGCACUACGAAGAGCGGAAGCUGCUUGCCAACCGUCUUCGCAACAACUCCAUCACCUACUUUGAAAUGGUGCAGGCGGCAGCUCCUAUUCUUUGGUUGGGACUCGAUGUUAUGGCGACUCGAGAGAACAUGCAUUUCAAGUCUGCCGAGCUAGCAAAGGAUUGCGCGCGGUGGUUGGCAAUCGUCCCUUUCAUCAUGAAGCUAUGCCUCCGCUUGACGUACUCCCUCAGAGCGCGCUGUUGCACUGUUCAUGUGGAUAUUCUCGUUUCCUGUGGAAUUGUGGCCGUCGCAGUUGCUUUAUUCCUGCUGAGUACAAUUAUUGACCUGAACGUACUUCAGCGGCUGAUUCCUGAUCCUUGA